AUGAAGAAUAACACAGAAGUGACAGAGUUCAUCCUCUUGGGAUUAACAGAUGACCCCAAUCUUCAGGUUCCCCUCCUCCUGAUAUUUUUAUUCAUCUACCUCAUCACUCUGGUUGGAAAUGGGGAAAUGAUGGUGAUCAUUCACUCGAACUCCCGUCUCCACACUCCAAUGUACUUCUGUCUUAGCAAUCUCUCUUUUGUAGAUCUUGGUUACUUAUCUGUAGCUCCCAAGAUGGUGGCUGCAUUGCAGUCAGGGAACAAGGUCAUCUCCUAUAAUGGAUGUGCGGCUCAGUUCUUCUUCUUUGUAGGUUUUGCCACUGUUGACGGCUAUCUCCUGGCCUCCAUGGUCUGUGACUGCCAUGCAGCAAUAUGUAAGCCUCUUCAUUACACCACCACCAUGACAGGAGGUGUGUGUGCUCUCCACUCUGGUUUUUAUGUCUGUGGCUUCCUCAAUGUCUCUAUCCAUGCAGCAGACACUUUCAGACUAUUCUUCUAUGUUUCUAAUGGGAUUAGCCAUUUUUUCUGUGACAUUCCUGCACGUCUGAAUCUCUCGUGUUCCAGCACAGGCAUCAGCAAGUUGGUAGUCUUCUUUGUCAUGGGCUUCAACGUCUUUAUUACCCUCCUGGUCAUUGUCAUGUCUUACCUCUUCAUAAACAUCACCAUCCAAAGGAUGCAUUCUGCUGAAAGAUGGAAGAAAGACUUCUCCACUUGUGCUGACCACCUCACUGGGGUCUCCAUCUUCUAUGGCACAAUCAUCUUCAUGUAUUUACAGCCUAGCUUCAACCAGUCCAUGGACACAGACAAAAUUGCAUCUGUGUUUUACACUGUGGUGAUUCCCAUGCUGAACCCCUUGGUCUACAGCCUUAGGAACAAAGAAGUGAAAAAUGCUGUAUGGAAAAUACUCAACAAACUUUACCCACAAUCUUUAAGUGUGAGCAGGAAGAAGGCUGGUGACUAA